UACGCUCUUAGUUACGAUGCGGCUGCAGCUCCUGCCCUGGGCGCUGCUGGCGCUGCUGGCCGGCGGGGGGGCCGGGAUCCCGCCGCACGACGACGCGGCGCGCGUGGCCCGCUACGUGGUUCACCAGUGCGACUGGGGGGCGCUGGCCACGCUGUCCGCGCGCGAGCCGCUGCGGGGCCGCCCCUUCGCCAACGUCUUCUCGCUGAGCGACGGGCCGCCCGGCCCCCGCGGCAGCGGCGUCCCCUACCUCUACCUCACCGCGCUGGAGGUGUCCGUGCAGGACCUGCAGGUGGAUGCAAAUGCCUCUCUUACAGUGUCCUUGGCACAGACUCCUUACUGCAAGAAGAAAGGCUAUGAUCCCCAGAAUCCCCUGUGUGCCCACAUUAUCUUCUCUGGGACUGUUGAUAAGGUGAAUGAUACAGAAGCUGUCUUUGCAAAGCUGGCAUUAUUCAGUCGACACCCUGAGAUGGCAAGCUGGCCUCGAGAUCAUAACUGGUUCUUUGCCAAAUUCAACAUCACCAAUAUCUGGGUCCUGGACUACUUUGGUGGACUGAAAACGGUGACUCCACAAGAAUAUUACAAUGUCACACCUUAGUAGAGGAAAAUCCUGGAUAUUAUCGACAUACAAACUAACUUCCCGGCCUUUCGCCAUGCUUUCUGUUUCAAGGGAGAGUGUCUUCUCUUUCGCUCCUAGAGCUGAGUUAAUACGGCAAAAAAAAAAUCACAAAUGCAC